AUGGAGAGGGGCGAGGGGGGCGAGAGCGGGGGGGUUGUCUUAACACCGAUGAAGCUGUCAGGGGGUGUCAGGCACGGCUGUGGGCCCUCUCACACCCCCUGCUGCGCCCAAGCCUGUGUGACUGACCGUUGGGUGCUGGGAGCAGCGGGCACAGCAGCACGCCUCAUCACACGGGUCACCGCCCCUCUGACAGACAAGCCUCCAAAGAUCCUGUUCCCUUCAGAAAGCAAACUCAGCAUCCUGGAGCUGCAGACAGAGGAGCACCCUCCCCCUCCCCCACCCCUUCAUGAAGAGGAGCACCCUCCCACUCCCCCACCCCUUCAUAAAGAGGAGCACCCUCCCACUCCCCCACCCCUUCAUGAAGAGGAGCACCCUCACACUCCCCCACCCCCACCCCUUCAUAAAGAGAAGCACCCUCCCCCACCCCCACCCCUUCAUAAAGAGGCGCACCCUCCCACUCCCCCACCCCUUCAUGAAGAGGAGCACACUCCCCCACCCCCACCCCUUCAUAAAGAGGAGCAUCCUCCCCCAACCCUUCAUGAAGAGGAGCAUCCUCCCCCAACCCUUCAUAAAGAGGAGCAUCCUCCCCCACCCCUUCAUAAAGAGGAGCAUCCUCCCACUCCCCCAACCCUUCAUAAAGAGGGGCAUCCUCCCCCACCCCUUCAUGAAGAGGAGCAUCCUCCCACUCCCCCACCCCUUCAUAAAGAGCAGCACCCUCACACUCCCCCACCCCUUCAUAAAGAGGAGCAUCCUCCCACUCCCCCACCCCUUCAUAAAGAGGAGCACCCUCACACUCCCCCAACCCUUCAUAAAGAGGAGCAUCCUCCCCCAACCCUUCAUAAAGAGGAGCACCCUCCCACUCCCCCACCCCACCCCUUCAUAAAGAGGACCACCCUCCCACUUCCCCACCACCCCUUCAUAAAGAGGAGCAUCCUCCCCCACCCCUUCAUAAAGAGGAGCAUCCUCCCCCAACCCUUCAUGAAGAGGAGCACCCUCCCCCAACCCUUCAUAAAGAGGAGCAUCCUCCCCCAACCCUUCAUAGAGAGGAGCAUCCUCCCCCAACCCUUCAUAAAGAGGAGCAUCCUCCCCCAACCCUUCAUAAAGAAGAGCAUCCUCCCACUCCCCCAACCCUUCAUAAAGAGGAGCACCCUCCCCCACCCCUUCAUAAAGAGGAGCAUCCUCCCCCAACCCUUCAUAAAGAGGAGCAUCCUCCCACUCCCCCAACCCUUCAUAAAGAGGAGCAUCCUCCCCCAACCCUUCAUAAAGAGGAGCAUCCUCCCCCAACCCUUCAUAAAGAGGAGCAUCCUCCCCCAACCCUUCAUGAAGAGGAGCACCCUCCCCCAACCCUUCAUAAAGAGGAGCAUCCUCCCCCAACCCUUCAUAAAGAGGCGCAUCCUCCCCCAACUCUUCAUGAAGAGGAGCACCCUCCCCCAACCCUUCAUGAAGAGGAGCACCCUCCCACUUCCCCACCACCCCUUCAUAAAGAGGAGCACCCUCCCCCAACCCUUCAUGAAGAGGAGCACCCUCCCACUUCCCCACCACCCCUUCAUAAAGAGGAGCACCCUCCCCCAACCCUUCAUAAAGAGGAGCACCCUCCCCCAACCCUUCAUAAAGAGGAGCAUCCUCCCCCAACCCUUCAUAAAGAGGAGCACCCUCCCCCAACCCUUCAUAAAGAGGUGCAUCCUCCCACUCCCCCAACCCUUCAUAAAGAGGAGCAUCCUCCCCCAACCCUUCAUAAAGAGGUGCAUCCUCCCCCAACCCUUCAUAAAGAGGAGCAUCCUCCCCCAACCCUUCAUAAAGAGGAGCAUCCUCCCCCAACCCUUCAUAAAGAGGAGCAUCCUCCCCCAACCCUUCAUAAAGAGGAGCAUCCUCCCCCAACCCUUCAUAAAGAGGAGCAUCCUCCCCCAACCCUUCAUAAAGAGGAGCACCCUCCCCCAACCCUUCAUAAAGAGGUGCAUCCUCCCACUCCCCCAACCCUUCAUAAAGAGGAGCAUCCUCCCCCAACCCUUCAUAAAGAGGAGCAUCCUCCCCCAACCCUUCAUAAAGAGGAGCAUCCUCCCCCAACCCUUCAUAAAGAGGAGCAUCCUCCCCCAACCCUUCAUAAAGAGGAGCAUCCUCCCCCAACCCUUCAUAAAGAGGAGCACCCUCCCACUCCCCCACCCCUUCUUAAAGAGGGAAACAGUAGCCCAGAAGAAUGCUAUCUGCAGCACCAUGUCUGAGCGCGUGCAGGUGGAGAACACACCCUCUGUCACACCAUGUCUGAGCGCGUGCAGUCUGGCUGAUGAUGUCAUCAAGGCACGCCACAUCCACCUGCUGCAGCAGCAGUUGCUAUGGAGACCUAGUUUUGUGGUGCAGGAAUGCAGCCCUGAAGCAGACAGAGGCACCGAGAGCGUCAGACCGCGCUCUGUGACCAUGCUCUGUGACCAUGCUCUGUGCCCAUGCUCUAUGACCAUGCUCUGUGACCUCUGUGACCAUGCUCUGUGA